UUGAACUUUUCUCGGGCUUUCGUCUUGGAGUGCAAGUGAACCAAACUUGCAAUCUAUCUCUCUGGAUUACGUCGGAUUUUACUCUUUCUUUCGUCUUGCUGAGCAAGUGAACUAAACUUGCAAUCCAUCUUUCUGGAUUUCUUCUCUCUCUGGUAUUCCUGUCUCUCAAAGAAGCUUUUAUAAAUUUCACUAUGGCUGCAAUUCCUGUUUCUCAAUCCCAACCCUUUUCGAGUAAAACCCACUUCAGAGCAUCAAAAGUUCAUCCUCCUACCUUGGAAUUCAUUUCUUUCAAGAAUUUCAGUUCCGAUCAGUGGCUGUUGGGAGGGAAGUGCUCUGUUAAUAGAAGUCGUAGACGAGUAGAAAUGUCUUCUAAGAGGGUUGUUGUUUCUGCAACAACGGCAGAGAAGCCGAAGAAAAGAUAUCCGGGCGAAGCGAAAGGAUUUGUGGAAGAAAUGCGAUUUGUAGCGAUGAAACUGCAUACGAAGGAACAAGCCAAAGAAGGCGAGAAGGAAGUUAAAAAGCCAGAGGAACAGUCAGUGAGGAAAUGGGAGCCGACGAUUGAAGGGUAUCUUAGGUUUCUGGUGGACAGUAAAUUGGUUUAUGACACACUCGAGAAGAUUGUCGAGAAAGCGACUUGUCUUUCGUAUGCAGAGUUUAAAAAUACAGGGUUGGAAAGGUCAGGAGCAUUGGCUAAGGAUUUGGAAUGGUUUAGGGAGCAAGGCUACACUAUUCCAGAACCAUCCUCUCCAGGCAUUUCCUAUGCUCGUCAUCUUGAAGAUUUAUCUGAGAAGGAUCCUCAGGCAUUCCUAUGUCACUUCUAUAAUGUUUACUUUGCCCAUACUGCUGGUGGGAGAAUGAUUGGUAGAAAGGUUGCUGAAGAGAUACUUGACAAUAAGGAGUUGGAGUUCUAUAAAUGGGAUGGUGACCUUUCCCAACUGUUGCAAGCUGUGAGGGAGAAGCUCAAUAAAGUUGCUGAAAGCUGGUCUAGAGAAGAGAAGGAUCAUUGUUUGGAGGAAACGGAGAAGUCUUUUGAACGUUCAGGAGAGAUCCUCCGUUUGAUAAUGUCUUGAUAAGUGCAACCUUUCUGCUAUCCUUCUGACCAUAUGGUCGUGCAAGUGUGUUAUAAUUUGUUAUGUUUUAUGGAUUCUUUUCUCAUCUAAUUUAAAUGCUUCUGUAAACAUAACAUUUACUCUUGUGUAUAAGAAAAAAACUCAAUUUUUUCU